AUGGUUCAAAUCGCAUCCGUUGUCGCCAUCUUGGCCACCGCCGGCUUCGUCGCCGCUGCCCCCACCUACGACUCUUCGAGCUCCUACGGCUCCUCGAGCGGCAGCUCCUACGGCUCGUCUGACAGCUACGGCUCAUCUGACAGCUACGGCUCGUCUGACAGCAGCUACGGUUCAUCCGGCAGCUCGUACGGUUCGAGCGACAGCUACGGCUACGACUCGAGCUCCUCGGUCGAGAGCUACUCGAGCUCCUCGGUUGAGAGCUACUCGAGUUCCUCGGUCGAGAGCUACGGCUACGACUCGACCUCCUCGGUCGAGAGCUACUCGACCUCCUCGACCAUGAUCGACUCGACCUCGACCAUGUUGGACACCUCUACCGCCGCCUACACCUCGUCCACCUCCGCGGCUUACUCGACCGCGACCUACGGCUCCGGCUCGAGCAACUGGGGUGGCUCGUCGUACGACAGCUGUGUCCAGCAGUGCAUCGCCUCCUUCGGCUCCCCCCAGGCGACCUACACCCCGGGCACCGCGACCGCGAGCUCCGGCAGCUACGGCACCGGCGCCACGCACACCGUCAUCGUCGCGCCCUCCCAGGGUGUCCUCCGCUACGUCCCCUUCGCGGUGAACGCCUCCGUCGGCGACACCGUCAUGUUCAUGUGGGGCGCCAACAACCACACGGUCACCAAGUCGUCGCAGCUCGAGCUCUGCAACAAGACCUCGAACGCGCCGUUCGCGUCCGGCGAGCAGAACAAGUCGUUCGUCUUCACCCAGGUCGUCAACGACACCAACCCGACCUUCUUCUACUGCGGCACCCCCGGUCACUGCGAGAAGGGCAUGUUCGGUAUCAUUAACCCCCCGACCGCCGACAACUUCCAGGUCUCCGCCGCCGGCAUGAUGGCGAGCAUGGCUGCCAACAGCUCCGACAUGGCCGCGAUGGCCUCGUACUCCAGCCAGAUGACCCAGGGCAGCCCGAUGGCCGCCGCCUGGGGUUCGUCCAUGGACAUGUCGAGCAUGCCGUCCUGGGCCCAGUCCGCGAUGGCCGAGAACAUCAUGUUCACCCGCAACGUCCUCGCCGCCAACCCCGACGUCAUGAACGCGGACGGCACCGUCAACCUCGGCAACGCCGGCAGCGCCCCGCUCAUGAUCCCCCAGGACAUCACCGCCGCCCUCAACGCCGCCGCCUCGUCCUCGAGCUCGUCCGCUGCCUCGUCCGCGACCUCCGCCCCCGCGUCCAGCUCGGCUGCUACCUCAGCCCCCGCUGCGUCGUCGACCAGCGGUGCCGGUGCCCUCUCAGUGUCGGGCGCCCUCGUCGGUGUCGUCGCCAUCGCCGCGUCGUUCUUCGCGCUCUAA